AUUCGUUGCGUGGCAACCGCCAAAAAUUCCACGAAGAAGAAGAAGGAAGCGGAGGGAAUGUAUUUCCGGGUUCAUGCGGGACACGCGUGUUUUUCUGCGGACAUCAGCGAGGAAAAGACGCGGUGGGAUGGCGGAAGCGGAGCAGCAGAGCAGAGGUCUGAGGUUUGCGGAGCAGCUGCUGCUGCGUCACGGCUGGGAACAAGGUAAAGGCCUGGGGCGGACCGAGAGCGGCCGAUCCGAGGCCAUCAAGGUGAAGGUGAAAUGUGACAAAGGAGGGAUCGGCCACAGAGAAGGAGAGCAGUUCAGCUUCCACUGGUGGGACCAUGUCUUCAAUAAAGCCUCGUCCAGCCUGCAGGUGGAGGCGGACCAGAACCGGGUCACACUGAGGAAGACUGCUGAGGAAGAGGAGGGAGCGAUCUCCAACAAGAAGCCCCGUAAAUCUCUGCAGAGCAAAGACAAGCUGUACGGCUGCUUUGUGAAGUCGGCCACGCUGCUGUCGGGUCAGGAGCUGCCAGAACCAAAGUCCAAACCGGCAGAAGAAGACAGCAGUUCUGAUGAGGAAGAGGAGCAGAAGCUGGAUCUGUCCAGCACCACCGGGCUUUCAGACGCGGAUCUGAUGAAGGUCUGUGGAGGACGAACGGCUCAUAAGGGCGCCCGCCACGGCCUGACCAUGAGCGCCAAGCUGGCCCGGCUGGAGCAGCAGGAAGCAGAGUUCCUGGCCCAGUACAGGAAGAACCAACACAGAGGAGGUUCUGCAGCCGACCGCGUCACAGAGGAGACCAGGAGGUCCACAGACAGACACCAGGACGUAAACGGAGAUCCACAACCAAAGAAGAAGAAGAAAAAGAGGAAAGAUGGAGCUGAGGGAGGAAGGGAGGCAGCAGAUGUUCUGCUUCCUGUGGAGGACGGCGAGGAGCGGCCGGCCAAGAAGAAGAAGAAGAAGGUGGAGGAGAAUGAAGGUGGAGGAGAUCCAUCUGCUGCAGAGGAACCAGGACAGAAGAAGAAGAAGAAGAAACGCGCUCAGCUCGAUGCAGAACCGGAGAGAGAUGAUGGAGAACCCAGAGCAGAGCAGGAAGUCAGUGUUACCAUGACAACAGACAAGAAGAAGAAGAAGAAAAAAUGGUGUGAAAGCGAAAAAUGAUCAGAUGGAUGAACUGGUUCUGAUCCGCUCAGCUGGAGUCCAGAACCUGCUGGUUCUCUCUGCCACUACCAUGUUCUAAUGGACCCAAUCAGAACCGCACCUGGACUCCAUCAGUCCCAUCGGAGCCAGACUGGGAUCCAGUCCAUCAGUCCAGAAUAACACAUUCAGCCGUAGCUCACCUGGUCUCUGACAGCGUCCAGGUGUGCAGAGCUUUAGCUCACCUGGUCUCUGACAGCAUCCAGGUGUGCAGAGCUUUAGCUCACCUGGUCUCUGACAGCGUCCAGGUGUGCAGAGCUUUAGCUCACCUGGUCUCUGACAGCAUCCAGGUGUGCAGAGCUGUUUGAACUUUCCUGGUUUUCUCAGACAGAUCAAACAUCUGCAGGAAGCUCAGCCAACUGCUCUGGUAGGAAAGACUCUCUGUGGAGAAGAAACCAGAUGAGGAGGACAAAGACCACCUGGGGGGGGGGCUUUGUUUUCUAACCCCGCCCUUCAAAACCUUUGGCCACUGAAGUCUCUCCGUUAUUUUUUAACAUUAUUUUCUUAGAUUUUCCUUUGGAUCCAUUUAUUCAUCCGGUUCUGAACAGCAGGAAUAAUAACAAUACAUCCCAGUUUGUUUGGAUCCCAAUUAAACAUCUAAUUAAUCAGCUUCACACUUUUCUAAGAUUUCAUUUUAUUCUAUGAGAUUAAAACCUUUAGAGAAUAAAUCA